AUGGCCCGCACAGCUCCUGCCAAGGGACAGCGCUGCCACACCCGGCUCCCUGCCCUGGCCGCACCCCGCACGGGCAGCGCAGUGUGCGGGCCCGCACCGCACCCGGCCCUGCCGCACCAGGACACGGGAGAGGAGGGGGCAGAACACCCCAUGCAGCAAGAAAUCAGCUGGAGUGACUGUGAUGUGCUCCCUGAACUGAGGGCACUACGGACAUCCAAGGGCCUGGAUUCACGCGUGCCCUACGAGUGUUCUCCACACCCAGUGCUACAGCCCCACGACAGCUUCCUUUCACUUGCUCUUUCCCCAAGCUCUGGCCACAGAACCAUGAGCACCACUGCUCAAAGCACUGUGACACCGCUGGCAGACCUGCUCCCCGAGCUCUGUGCGCUGCCCAGCCCGGGCAUGGAAAAAAAAGAGAGACAAGUUGUGGCAAAAGCCCCAGUCGCUCUCUGCGCUCCCUCCUCCCCUCCAGAGCGGGAUGCUCCCGGCUCCAGGGGCCGCGCACCGGGCACAUCACCCCGGAGCGGCGGCGGGCCGGCUCCUGCCGAGGAAAGACCCUGCAGCACCGCGCAUUCCACCGCAAAUGUGGUAAGGGAGAAGCACACACAGCGCAAGCCCCCGGAACGCGUCCCAGCACCGCGCCCUGUGCUCGGACACCCCGGGGCAGGGCUUGAGAGCACGGCCGGAGGGCCAGCCCUGCCCGGGCGCUGGAGGCAGCAGCUUCGCCCUAUUUGUGUUCGAACACCGCAGGGACGCGGUCCCGGUGCGGCGGCUGGCAGUGCCGGGAGCGAUGGCAGUGCUGGCAAUGCUGGGAGCGCCGGGAGCGCUGGAAGCGCCGGGAGCGCCGUGCCCCGGCCCCGGCCCCUUCCGCGGGGCGCCCGGAGCGGGGCGGCAUCUGCGGCCAACAUUGACCCCUGGCGGACACCGCCGCCACGGCACGGGCACGCCCCCGGGAAUGCCGGGCAGCUCCCCGGGAAUGCCGGGCACACCCCCGGGAAUGCCGGGCAGCGCCCCGGGAAUGCCGGGCACACCCCCGGGAAUGCCGGGCAGAUCCCCCCGGGAAUGCCGGGCACACCCCCGGGAAUGCCGGGCAGCUCCCCGGGAAUACCGGGCACACCCCCGGAAUGCCGGGCAGACCCCCGGGAAUGCCGGCCUGCUCCCCCGGGAAUGCCGGGCAGAUCCCCGGGAAUGCCGGCCUGCUCCCCCGGGAAUGCCGGGCAGCUCCCCGGGAAUGCCGCGGCCCGAGGUCCCCCCGGGAAUGCCGGGCAGCUCCCCCGGGAAUGCCGGGCAGCUCCCCGGGAAUGCCGCGGCCCAAGGUCCCCCAGGGAUGCCGGCCGAGCCGCGGUGACGCGUUGCUCCGCGUCACGACACGGGGCGGCUUUCAGAACUCCAAAGUAG